UGGGCCCUUUGGUGGUGGCUUCCUGCUAGCGGAGGAGCGAGCGAAGGAGAGCGUGACCGGCGUCCAAGACUCAGCCUAUAAGACUCAGCCUCCGCUGGCACUGGGGGCUCCCGCGAGAAAGACAGCGUCAAAGAGCGAGUGAACGUGAAAGAGAGAGAGGGAGAGAGAGAGAGAGAGAGAGAGAGAGAGAGAGAGAGAGAGAGAGAGAGAGAGAGAGAAAGAGAGAGAGAGAGAGAGUGAGAGAGAGAAAAACGAGCGGCGAGCGGCUGAGAACAGUCGAUGGAUGCUGUCCGGAUUGAAGGGGCAGCACGUUCUUCACUGACGAGGAAAGGAAAGAUUUCAAAAUUGAGUCGAAGGAUAGAAACUCGCCGUCAGGCAUGGUGUGUGAGAAGGGGAUCCAGAUCCUCCUCACCACCGUGGGGGCGUUCGCCGCCUUCGGCCUGAUGACGGUGGCCAUAGGGACGGACUACUGGCUGUACUCCCGCGCCCUCAUCUGCAACAGUACAGCCAACGUCACGCAGGACGACCCUCAUAACAAGGACAAGAAGGACCCGGGGGCGCUCACCCACUCGGGACUCUGGAGGAUAUGCUGCCUGGAAGGAGUGAAGCGAGGAGUGUGUUCUCAGAUCAACCACUUCCCGGAGGACGCGGACUUUGACCAUGACGGGGCCGAGUACGUCCUACGCGUGGUGAGGGCUUCCAACAUCUUCCCCAUCCUCAGCGCCAUCUUGCUGCUAUUGGGAGGCGUGUGCAUUGCUGCUAGCCGUUUCUAUCGGAGCAAACGCAACAUUAUCCUGGGAGCGGGGAUUCUCUUUGUGGCUGCAGGUCUGAGCAACAUCAUCGGCGUGAUCGUGUACAUCUCGGCGGCGCUGGGCGACAUCUCCCCCAAGAAGGAUGAGGACAAGAAGUGGCAGUACUCGUAUGGUUGGUCCUUCUACUUUGGCGGGCUGUCCUUCAUCAUGGCCGAGAUGGUGGGCGUGCUGGCGGUCAACAUUUACAUCGAGAAGAACAAGGAGCUGCGCUGCCGCUCGCGCACCGACAUCUUCAAGAGCACCACGCACGCCAUGCUGCGCCUCCCCAGCUACCGCUUCCGCCGUCGCUCCCGCUCCUCAUCGCGCUCCACCGACCCCUCUCGCUCCCGAGACCCUUCGCCGGUGGGCGGCGGUGUGGGGAAGAACUUCGGCCUGCCCCCAUCGGCGCUGCUCUCCCAGGGCCCCAUCUCCGUGUCCACGCUGCCCAACCCGCACUCGCGCUCCCACACGGCGCUGGCCGGAGGCGACAUCUCACUCUACACGCUGUCCCGCGACCCCAAACUGGGUGGCUUGGCGCCCAUGUAUGGCACAGUGGACCGCGCCACACUCUACCAGCUUCACAACUGCUUCCCCAAGGACGGCGGCGGGGGCGGCAUGAUGAGUGGCACGCUGCCCUCGCUCAAGUCCCACAACCCUUCCAACUCCUCCAACUCCAACGUGCCAAUGCCCAACUCGGUGGGCUCCGGACCGCCCCCCUUCACUUCGUCCACGGUGGACAGGGAGCGAGGAAUGGGUACUCUGGACAGGCUGAAGGGAGACAGAGAGAGCAACUCCAACACCCUCAAUCGGAAGACCACACCUGUGUAAAAAAGGGUUUAGGAUUA